AUUUGCAUCAAUCAUCUUCUUCUGUACGUAUUGUUUAUUUUUUCAGCCUCACAAGAAGAAAGUGACCACUCUGUGUAAUUCCUUGUAUGGCAAAAACACUCGGUCAUAGUUCUCCAGUAUUUAAUAUAGUUCUGGCCUCUUUUAUUCUGUCGUUUUCCGUCCACAAGUUUCUGCAUAAAUCAUUGGACAUCAUUUAAUACUAUCAAAUCUAUUUCCUGGUUAGUUCUGUUCUUGAUUUUUCUAUGUGUGCGCGUGGGACUUGUGUAGUUUAAUGGGUUGAAACUGGAAAAGGACGAAAAGGGUCUUGAAUCAGUCGAGCUUUCAAGAAGCUGAAAGCCGACACAUGGGCUUGGGACUAUUACCCUUUGCUCAUAACGUUUCAAUCUUUGAGGGUAAGUUGCUGAAUUUGAUAUGGAACCACAACUGGAAUUCAUUGAAGAUUCGUUUCACAUGAGAUACACGCAGUUGGUGUAUGAGGCUCUAAAUGAAUUGCCGGAUAGCUUUACCAUAACCGAUCCUUCCAUUUCUGGGCACCCAAUUGUGUUCGCCUCAAAUGGGUUCUUGAAAAUGGUUGGUUAUUCAAAACAUGAGGUGAUUGGCAGAAAUGGGAGGAUAUUUCAGGGACCAGAGACCGAUCGAAGGUCAGUUAUGGAGAUUCGUGAGGCUGUUCGUGGGGAGAGGGCCCUGCAGCUGAGCUUGUUGAAUUACAAGAAAGACGGGACUCCAUUUUGGAUGUUGUUUCAAAUGUGUCCUGUUUUCAGCAAGGAGGAUGACAGGGUGAUUAAUUUUGUUGCGGUUCAAGUGCCAAUUUCGAGGAAAACAAGGUUAUCCGGACAUGGGGUCUUUAGGAGUGAGAUAAGUUUGUUUGAAGAAGGAGCUGGAAUACGGGAUGUUGUUCUGGGUUGCUGUAGGAGGGAAGUUUGCUGGGAGGUAAGGCACGUGUCGUCGCCUGAGUUGGUGUCGAGUAGUGAUGAUAGAGAAGUUGAGAUUAAUGAGCUUUGCACCGCAAGUGAGGUAGAGAAGGCAAAAGCCAGUGCUGCGAUUAGAAACAUUUUAUCUGUGCUAACACACCACAGUGAGUUGACAGGCAGGCACGUGUCUGGAAUAAGGCGAUGCCUAACAGGGAAUGAGCGCCUUGUGGCAUCCUUAAAUAUAUCUCUCGGUAGAAUCAAACAAAGCUUUGUAUUAACUGAUGCUCUCUUGCCCGAUAUGCCUAUAGUUUACGCGAGUGAGGAGUUCUUGAAGCUGACAGGCUAUGAUAGGCAUGAAGUACUUGGGCAGAACUGCCGAUUUUUGAGUGGGAUAGAUACAGACCCCACAACGCAAUUCCAGAUAAAGGACUGCAUUGACAACCAGCAAGCUUGUACAGUACGUAUCCUAAAUUACAGAAAAGAUAAAACUUCAUUUUGGAAUUUUCUUCACAUUUCACCUGUGCGGAAUGCUUCAGGGAAGGUGGCAUUCUUUGUCGGGAUUCAGAAAGAAGAUGAAUUUAGUAACGGGGAGGCAUACGGGUUGAGACCAGAGACAAGACAACUUAGUGUGGUCGGGGCUGUUAAGGUUGCUGUAAGGAGCUUAUCUAUGGGCACUGUUACGCCCUAGCUAGCUGUCAAAGAAUUUCCCCAAUAUAAUACCCAUAUUGUACCACGUAAACAGUUCAGUUUGCGUGUACCUGUACCAUCCAUCCUUUAGUCGAUUCAUAGGAUAACAUGAUAUGUAUGUUGCAAGUGGUGUUGGAUGUGUGUGUGUGU